UCACGUGUCGCGUAUGUGAAGAGCUCUUGUCUGACUGGAAGCAAAGCAGAACGCGAGCAAAAUCAUGGCUCUUCGGCUAUUGGUAUCAAGAACCGCUCGCCUGUCUCAAAGACACCUGCUUAAAAGCCCUUUCCAAACGCUCGGUAUCCGUGUAGCUGGCUGCUCCUCUGUUCCGCCGCCGGAAUCAUCCGAUGAGGAGAUUGUCCAUCCAAAAGACAAGAAGCUGUUCACACCUGGCCCACUAGGAACUAGCUUCACUGUCAAGAAAUCAAUGCUACGUGAUGUUGGUUCAAGAGAUGAAGACUUCAUCGACUGUGUCCAUUUCAUCCGUAGCAAGCUGCUUGAGAUUGCAGGCGUGUCCCAGGCGGAAUACACUGCUAUACCUUUGCAGGGCAGUGGGACAUAUGCUGUCGAGGCCGUAAUCACAACAGCCACACCUAAAACUGGGGGUAAACUACUUGUGAUUGUGAAUGGUUCUUAUGGUAAAAGGAUGGUGAAGAUUUGUGAAGUCUCUGGCAUAGAAACGAUUGUACUUCAAGGAGAGGAAGCCCAGAAAGUUGACCUCCAAUCUGUUGAGAACACCCUGAAGCAACACCCUGAUCUUAACGGCGUCUGCAUCGUCCACUGUGAGACAUCAACAGGAGUCAUCCAUCCUGUGGAGGCUGUGGGCAAGCUGGUGCGAAUGCAUACUCCUAAUGCCUUCUUCUUUGUUGAUGCCAUGAGCAGCUUUGGAGCUGUGCCGCUGAAUUUAGAAGGUGCACAGAUCACGUACAUGGUCAGCUCUGCCAACAAAUGCAUUGAGGGUGUACCUGGGUUCUCGUUCGUACUAGCUGAGAAGAAGCACCUUCUCAGCUGCCGUGGCCAGUCUCGCACUCUUUCCCUGGAUAUAGUGGACCAAUUUGAGGGACUUGAAAAGUCUGGGCAGUUCCGGUUUACUCCAGCAACACAUGCAAUGCUUGCCUUCCGCACGGCGCUAAGGGAACUGGCUGAAGAAGGAGGAGUCAUUGGAAGAGCUGAAAGGUAUAUGGAAAACCGACACAUCCUGCAUGAUGGCAUGAGAAAGCUUGGCUUCAAAGAAUUCUUGGAUGACACUCAUGAGGGCUACAUCAUCACUUCUUUCUUCUACCCAAAGCACCCUAACUUUGAUUUUACACAGUUCUACAAGCACUUGAGUGCCAAAGAUCAGGUUAUCUACCCUGGGAAAGUGACAGAGGCAGACUGCUUCCGUAUCGGCAACAUUGGCCAUCUCUUCCCCAAGGACAUGGAACAUUUACUCAAGUGCAUUGAAGAGGUGCUGGCUGAUAUGGAUAUCCCAACACCGAUCAUGGAGCAGUGAUGGUAGUGAUAUCCCCCCCCCCAUGCUCUAGUUUAUAUUAGCAAGAUAAAAAAUGAUGGUGUGUUGAGGAAGCCAUAACGUCUACUGUUUAUAGGGGAAAAUUGGGGUAAAUGUUCAAAUACAAACAUACCAUAAUUGCUUGAAUAAAUGCCCCUGGCAAUGUGCUUAUCCUUUUAAUCUCAAAAUCUGUUUUAUGCAUGGAGUACAAAUUUCUCCAGAACCAAUAACCACCAAUAGAAUUGUGUGGUUAGUGUUCGUAAUUUCGUCUACGUAGUCCCUCUUUGUGAAAGUCCAUUGAGUGCAACAAAAGGCGUUUCUUAGAGUGGAGAUGCUUUUUUGAGAAAGGUUUUUAUUCCAGCAAUUGUGGUAUUACUAAAAGUGUUAGGGAGAAUAGUCAUAAAAUGUAUGAACAGAGUUCUCCUGGGUGUUAUAAGCUCCAAGAUCCACUUGUGCAGUAGUCAAAGAACUACAAAACAGUGAUCUGGCUGCAAAUGACGUCUGUGCUAUGAGUAAAAUUAUAAGUUGAAAUUGAAAUUUACCACGUUUUUCAGCCAAGACUAUGUCAGCCAAACAAAGGCCUUAGAUACCCCUAGAUAUUUUGUUGAUCAGUCUUAGGUUUUGGUGUUAUUUGUAGCUUUGCGAGUUUACUUUUCAUGUUUUAAUAGUAUACUUCACUUUUCAUUAAAAACCCUGAAUAGGCGGAGCGUCAUCUGAGACACCUUUGCGCUCCCAUGGGCAUCCUUAAUUAUUUUGAUGUAAAAUAGAUAGAAAAAGUGAGUAGUAAAAUAAUAUAAUUCCAUAAAAAAGAAAUAAAUAGGUUUAUUAGAAAGUAACUGACUUUGAUUUUAAAUUUGUUUCAAAAAUAAAACUUGACAAGUAA